UGGUCAUAGCGAGGAGGACCCUUCUUUUUUUUUUUUUUGUUAUAUACGUUGCACUAAGUAACCAAACCCUUGCUUGCUUGGCCCUUCGUUCUUGGCUGCCUUGGCUGGUUUGUUGUGAUGGAAUUCUUGAUAGGAUGGGACUUUUUUUCCCCUUUCUUUUCUCUCUUUCUUUGGCUUUGAGCGGGAUGGGAUGGGUUUCUUUUGCUCAGGUUUGGCAUUGUGAUGGUGGUAACAGUGGAGGCGGCAUCAAUAAUCUGUGCUAAUAAUGGCAGUUAACUUUUAAUAUUGUACCGUGUACCAAGGUACCGUGGUACAUCAUACUGAUAAACUAUACGGAUUACUUGUGCAGUGGAUAAGUAAUAAGUUUGGUAUCAAUAAUAUCAUACAUACAUACCUCAGGAAAUUAGUAUGCAUUUGUUGUAUGCACUUUUAGAGUGUCUUCUCAUUCAAAUUUCAAUCCAUCAUAUUCCUCUCCCAAACUGUCCAUCAAAGUCCAGAUCUCGAAUUCAUUUUCCUUAUUUGUCUUUGCCCACCGUUCUAUCACCCUGACCGCUUUCAGUUUCUCUGUAUUGUAGCAACAAGCUUAACCACCCAGCAAUUAGUGAUCGAUACAUUUCCGUAGUGGUGGGUUGUCAUCGUUCUUGUAACCGAACCUUAUCAUCAAUUUCUAUUAUACAUAUAUAUACAUAUAAAAUAGGGUUUAGUCCCGAAAACUCACCCAAACGACCGCCGAACUCAAUACUCCUUAACUGAGAUGCAACUAAAUGGCGGGAAAAUGUAUGGGGAAGAAAGUGAGAAGGAAAAGACCAUGGCGAGCGACCCUCGAACGGCGAUCUUAAAAGAGAACACGAGGCGGCCGCAUCAUCGUCGUCGUCCUAAGCUGGAUCAUUUUGCUCAGCUACAGAGUACGUGCUUCCUAGGUGUUAGCUUGGGGAGCUGGAUGAAUAGAUGAAUGAACAGCCACGGUGCUGCGCUGCCAUGUUGAGCAUGAGGCUGCGCAGGAGGGAGCUUCGUUUUGGGGCUCUCCGUAUGAAUGAUGCAGGCGAAGUCUGGCGCUGGCUGUAAAAACGAUUGUCACUCUCUCUUGGAUUAUUUGUAUAUCGGUCGGAGCGGGACUCUGAAUUCCUGCAAAACCUUAAGAAAACGGCAUAUCUUCCACCCCGAUCUAGCGAAAUUUGCGAAUACACGGGGUGGAUGAUAAGAUGAUAUGGUUUUGCUGGAGUUUUAUCUUUUCUAUUUUUUUUUUUAUGCCGAGGAUCGCUCGAGAAAUUUCUUCAUCCCAUGGCCAAGCCAGGCGAUUUUCAAUUCACGAAUACAGGAUUACAGAAUACAUACAGACGGUAUGGUAUGGUAUGUACCGUACAAGGGAGGCGAUCGUAAUGUAAUUUGCGGUACCUGUGGCCAGUAACACCCGAGUCUUGGACAUCAUCCCGACAUCAUCGUCUUUAUUUUACUUUUUUUGCAGCGAUUACGAUAACUUACAUCCUGCAUACGGUACAUAGAUACGGUACAGAGCUAGUUCGGCCGCAAUAAGCGUUGCCCCCCUCCCUCCGCCAAUCCUCCCUCCCAUAAUAGUAGCAAGUAAUUCCCUCCCAAGGUCUUGUCUCGUCUCGAUCUCCAAACUACACUUUGCAUCACUAAGUUACUACAACCAACUUCGACUUGCUUCUUCUCAGGCGUGCCUACUUGGCUAUCUUUUAUCUUUUGUCUCCUCCGCUUCUUCCUUUUCCCUUCCUUCUUCUUGCUCUUCUUCCCUUCCUUCUUCUUGCUCUUCCCUGUCCUGUCUGUUCGUCUUCCUAUCUCUCCGCUCUUCUGCUCCUACCUACGACUGAUUUUUAUACUUACUUUCUUUCUGUGCACUAUACUCUCCACUCUACUGUCCAACGAGCACCAAUUCCAUACCCUCCCUUUCUCCAACCAAACCAAACUAUCCAACAACCUGUAUAUCUGCUAUCUGGUUUUCUGAUGGGUUCUAUAUAUUCAAUCUGCUCCCCGACGUCCCUCACCUUCGCCCCGCGACACCUCUUCUCCCCCUCUGGCCGCUUCAGUUCUCUCCAGAGGGAUUAGCCGCACUUCUCCUUAUUCCGCCCCGUCAAUUCUUCUUGAAGACCUGUUCUUCUUGGACGGGUUUCCAGGCGGCCGUCUUCUCCAUUUAAUUUAUAUCCUAUCCUAAAUCCUUGAUCACUUGACUUCUCUCCGCCAUCCCGGUAGAGAACCGUCAUUCGAUUUCUUUCAAACCAGAUACCCCAAAUAACACGAAACUACAUCCAUCCGUUGACCACUCAUAUCCUCGAGCGUUUCGAAUACUGCCUAGGUAGCUAGCCGGGGACAAAUCAAAAACGAUACAGAAAAAAAAGAUAAAAAAUAAAAAUAAAAAUAGGAACCAAAGUAUUAAAACAACAGUUUAUCCGUCUGGCUGGACACGACCAAUUUUCCUACUCCGUCGACCCCUAGACCUCUUCUGACCCUGCAUUUGUUUGGGGGGUGUAUAACGAAGGAAAGAGAUUUGGGGUUGUUAUAAACAAUCAUGUCGGGUCCAAUCACAUCAAGUCAUGUUGUGCACCCAUCCGAGGGCCACUCACCAGCCGGCAUUCCUGACCAGGCCGAUUCCCAGCUCACAGCAUCCUUUUCAAGUCUGAUGCUGACAGCAGAUCCGGAAUUCGAAGGUAUCCGUCUUGCAGACCUACCACAGGCUAUCGUGGAAGAGGACGAAGAGACCGCUAGUGAGCCUCCUGAACCCUUGACUCCUACGAGUACUAUCAACGAGACUCCAUUCAACAAUGGUCAUCCACACCUUGACACGGCGUCGAAGCCGCUUGUUGUCAACACCGAUGCUCCCCCUCACUCUACAUCAAAAUCUUCGACUCGUCCCGCAAACGGUAUUCCCGAAGCUGCCUCAUUGUCCCCGACCCGCCGCGCAUCACCUUUGAGAACUGCGUCCAAGUCUAUCAAGUCGCUUUUCCGGAAGAAAAAGGGCAGUGCUGAUGGCUUGGAGGAGUCUGCCGCACACACUUCAAACUCUUCUAACCUGCCAGGAACUUCCCACGCCCAUAAUAUCUCGAUAGUCACCAACAUCAUCCAUCAUGGUACUGUGCCAUUCCCCUCCCGAAAUUCACCAACAACCACGUCACGUUCGGGGUCACCACAAUCGCCAUCCUCACCUUCAAGUACGUUUAACGGUGUUGCUGCCGUCCUGCUAAGCAGCUCAACGCCUUCCGAGUCUAGUUUCGUCCAUAGGAAACCAGCUCGAGCAUCGACGGGACUAAGUUUGAAAAAAAGGAGCAAGAUCAUGUUCGGUUCGACUCCCAGACCCAACAGAAUUGGUCAGAGAAUACGAUCCCCGAGCCUGAGUGAUGUGCGGAGCCAACCGGAACGCCCUGGGUUUUCGAUACCCGCUGUCGAGGGUGUGGGGUUGAAGUCACGUCGGAUGAGCGCAAGUUUUCCAGACGACUUUGACGUCGACACGUGCGAAUUAGACGAAGAGUACGUUAGGGCCAGCCGGGUUCCAGGGAAGAGGGCCAAAGAAAUCGGGAAAGGUGCGACUGCAACCGUCAAGGUGAUGUGUCGGAAAGGCGGGAAAAGACACGAUCUGUAUGCGGUAAAAGAGUUUAGGAAACGUGGACAACAUGAGGACGAGGAUGAAUAUAUCAAGAAGGUCAAAUCUGAGUAUUCGAUUGCAAAAAGCCUAGAUCACCCUAAUAUCGUCAAGACAUUUAGCCUUUGUACGCACAAUGGACGUUGGAACCAUGUGAUGGAGAUGUGCUCUUAUGGGGAGCUAUUUUCGCUAGUCCAGAAGGAUUAUCUUGGCGACAUAGACAUCCUUUGCUUCUUCAAACAAACUGUGCGCGGCAUUGCCUAUCUGCAUGAAAACGGUAUUGCUCACCGUGAUAUCAAGUUGGAGAAUUUACUUCUUUCGGAUGAGGGCCAUAUUAAAAUAACAGACUUCGGCGUCUCGGAGGUAUUCAGUGGUAUCCAUCCCGGCCUACGCUCUUCUGGCGGACGGUGUGGUAAAGAGAUGAACGGUGUCCGUCUGUGCUCACCGGGCAUAUGUGGUAGUUUACCAUAUAUUGCCCCAGAAGUUCUUGCAAAGAAGGAUAAAUAUGACCCUCGUCCUCUUGAUAUUUGGUCAUGCGCCAUCGUCUACCUCUGCCUUCAAUAUCGCGGCAGCCCGUGGCCAGCAGCUGACAGCAAAUACGUUCAAUACGCCAAUUUCCUCAAUGGCUGGAAUAAGUUCCUGAAGGAAAAUCCGGACAGAAUCAUCACAGAGGACGAGUAUCCGAAAUGCGGUGAACUUUUCCGACGUCUUAAAUAUUUUGGCCUAAAACGCCUCAUUCUAAAGAUGCUCCAUCCGGACCCUGCUAAACGUGCCACUAUCCAAGAGGUCAUGCACGACCGCUUUUUUAAAACAAUUGAAUGCUGCGCUCCGGAACCCAUCGAACCGGGCAAGGUCGUCACUUCGAUCGAUGUCGCUAGCAGUGGCAGUCACAGACUAGCUAGCAAGAUGGUGGUGCAGAAAACUCAUAACCAUUUCCCACCUUCAAAGAGACUGCUCCCGCAACAUCGAUUUGACAUGGGCGAUGGAUACCAGUAAAGGCUUCCCGACUCAUCCUGUUGUAACUCCGAUUUUUCUUCUAGAAUUACACCCUCUCAUCCUCCUUACCCGUGAUUGAUCCCCUUUUGUCUUCACGCGAAAGACUUUUUUUUCAUCAUGUAUCACCUUUCCCUUUGUAGAUGGUUACGGGGUGGAAACUUGAAAUGAUUUUUCUCUUACUAUUUACCAUACAUUGCGUGGGCUGGGGUUUCUUGCGGUUCCACUGUUUGUUUCACUUAUGUCCAUUGGUUUUUUCUUUUUUUUUUUCAUUUUCUAUUCCUCUUUCGUGUCCUGCAUUGGGAUGUUUUGGUUGGGUUGGCUUUGUCUUCCUUCUACCCUGCGUUAACUUUCAUAGCAUUUUAAACCCCAUGCUUCAAAAAUAUUUUUUUAUUUAUCUAUGUUAUUUAUUUUCAUUUUACAUAUUCCUUGCGUGACUCAGUACAUAUACACGGCGGCGCGAUGGUGGCUUUGUUCUUAUUCCCUGCUUCUUUUGUUGUAUGCCCUGGCUAUUAAUCGUACUAAUACUACUACUUUUCUUCGUUUUUCUCCUUUGCUAGCCGGCCAGUCUAUCGAUUUUAGGUUGUCGCUUCAAUCUUUACAUGGAGAAAUUAUGGUUUUUUUUUGGUACAUAAUUGAAGGAGCGUGGUUGUUUCAUUACCCUCCCCCCACUUUUUUUUGUAUCCUUUUGUUCUUUUCAUAAACCUUUUUCAAAUUCGUUAACCCUCUUCGAAAUACCCGGGUAAUUAAUGGGUUAGUUGAGUUUAACAGCGAAGACACUAUUUACCAACGAGUGUAUUUUGCUUGCUUGGAGCGUUCUUACACUUUACCCCCCAUCUCUCUUGUGGUUUUCCCUUUCCCUCCUCUGGUUCACACAGUUGUCUCUCUGAGACUAGCUCCUAGUUUCUUUCCCCCUUGUCUUGUCCUUUCUAACUAUUCCCUCUGCUACCUAAUACAUUGAUACUGUCGUUCUGCCUGUCAACGCGUGCUUUGCCUAUCUUGCUUCAGUGACAUAUAUACCUAAUAUAUAUAUUCGCAAUGGUGGCUCGGGUACCGUACCUAGAUAGCAUCGUCGGCUACUGUAUAUACAUACCCAACCUGAUAACAAUGAAUAGAAUGAAUAAUGUUUACUUUUAUAUUUUGAGAAAGAUGAAGACAGAGAAAAGAGGCAUGCUAACGCAAAACCAGACUCCGCAAUUUCCCAAGGCGCAGCUGUGCCUACCUACCUACAUACAUAAUAAUACCUAACUCACUCCGUCACAGUCUCAUCAGCAAUUUUUCAUCAAUCUGAGCAGCGGUGAACACCCACACACACACACACACACACACACACAAAACAACAGCACAUUCCCCCCCCACCGGGCCGGGGCCUUCUCCAACGUCCAAGCCCCCCUUGGCGCGUAAUCGGGGCCGCCCGGCUCGGCCGAAAUUCUACAGACUGCAACUAAUUAAUCCUGGGAUGAGAUCUGCAGAUCCCAUCGGUUUCAAACUUUCGGGAGCUGGGUGGCUUGCUUGGCGGGUUGGCUGGGGCGUCGGUAUUUAAAUUUUGGGGUCUUGGCGUGGAUAGUUUGCUGGUAACUAUCUCCCAUGAAAAGGGGGAUGAUAAGGUGAUGAUGAUCAUGAUGAUGAUGAUGAUUGGGGUGUCGUGGUAUUACACCACCUGCAAUGUGUGGUCUCUCACGGGGGGGCGGCGUCCUUGGGUCCUCCAGUCCUCACGUCCAUUAUAUCCCCUGCUCCUCUGUAUACCCAUACUUUUGCUGUGCUGGCUAUUGUGCGGGAGCGCGCAGGGAGUUAAACGCCAAGAAUAGGAACGCGCAAACAUACUGUACAGAUCGUAGUUUGGCAAACUAUUAUUGAAGUUGCUUGGCAGGGCGACUUUGAGUGUGAAGACUUCUCUCCAUAUGGAGUAAACGGGGGCGGAGUCAACAUAUGCUUGCCUCGGGUGCAAUGAUCUACAAUACAUACAAACUCGUCAGAGACAAUAUUAAGCUAUUUAACCUUAUUUUAUUUUUUCACUAGUUUU